CAAAACACAGACGUUUUAUUGUUAGGCCCAGAAACGGAACUGAACGGAGCGAGCGGACAGAGCGAAGGAAGGAAAAAAAUAGAUUGUUGUCCCAAGUCCUACCGAUCCGUGCGUGUCUGUGUGUGGGGCGAGUGUCGUGCCUAUUGUUUCCUCGGCCUGUGCCCGACACGGUCAGCCCAGCUCGCUCAUCCGUGUGCACGCCCCAGACGCAUCCGGACCCCCAGCAGUGCCAGCCACAGCUAGUUGGGGUGGGCCAGAUAAGGAAUCGCACGCACACAGAAACGAAAAGAAAGGGGAAAAGAAAACAUCGCAAAUUUUGGAAAAAAGGAACAUCCCGUUCGCAUUGUUUCGUUGCUUUUGCACAGCUGCUGUACGGAAUUGUUGCUCAUUGUUACAGGUCGGGCAGUGCGUGUGUGUGUGAGUGAUUGCCACCAGUGUCCACAAAACCAGCUGGACCAGCGGAGUGACCGAGUACAUCCUUUCGUACUGCGUUGUUUGUGGUUCCGUCUGUGCGUUGGUGUGCAUGUGUGUGUGUGUGUGUGUGUGUGUGCUUCCGUAGUGUGAAUUGUCUUCAAUCUCACAUCCUCCAUCUCGUCCCGCGAGCGGUGGUGCCAAAAGGGAAUCAAGUGGGCAUCAGCAGGGAAGGAAGUGUUACCGUGUCGUCUGGUUGUGUGUGUGCUUGAGUGUGCGUGUGUGUGGUUGUGGAGAAGAAAGCGCAAAAGUGUUCGGUUACGCGUACGCAUCCGGUAUCCGCUACGGAGCAGGCCAGGUGGAAAAUGCUGGCAGAAUGUCGCACCAAACCCCCAUGCUGAGUUCGGCCAUCUCUCGCCGCAAUCCGGAGGACGAGUACGAGCUGAUCCACAAGAUCGGCUCCGGGACGUACGGCGAUGUGUACAAGGCCAAGAAGCUGCAGUCGAAUGAGCUCGCCGCAAUCAAAGUCAUCAAGCUCGAGCCGGGCGAUGACAUCCAGAUCAUCCAGCAGGAGAUACUGAUGAUGCGCGACUGCCGCCACUCGAACAUCAUCUCCUACUAUGGCUCGUACAUGCGCCACGACAAGCUCUGGAUCUGCAUGGAGUACUGUGGCGGGGGCAGCCUGCAGGACAUCUACCAGGUGACGGGGCCGCUGACCGAGCUGCAGAUCGCGUACAUGUGCCGGGAGACGCUGCGCGGCCUCUCCUACCUGCACUCGAUGGGCAAGAUCCACCGGGACAUCAAGGGCGCCAACAUACUGCUGACCGAGCGGGGCGACGUGAAGCUGGCCGACUUUGGCGUGAGCGCCCAGAUCACGGCCACCAUCAACAAGCGGCGAAGCUUCAUCGGUACACCCUAUUGGAUGGCGCCGGAAGUGGCGGCGGUCGAACGGAAAGGUGGUUACAAUCAUCUGUGCGAUAUCUGGGCAUGCGGUAUCACUGCAAUCGAACUGGCCGAACUGCAGCCCCCGAUGUUCGAUCUGCACCCGAUGCGGGCACUCUUCCUGAUGUCGAAGAGCGGCUUCAAGCCACCGACGCUGAAGGAAAAGGACCGUUGGAGCACCAACUUUCACUCCUUUCUCAAGGUGGCCCUCACGAAGAACCCGAAAAAGCGACCGACGGCCGAGCGGUUGCUGCAGCACGCCUUCUUCCAGUCGGACAUGUCGAUCCGGUUGCCGCAGGAGCUGCUGCAGAAGUAUCACAGCCCGCACGCGAGCUACUACUACCAGGAGUCGGAGGAGGAAGGAGCCAUCGCAAAUGGACCACAGAGAAUUACGAGUCGAAUGCAUUCCUCCAAUUCUGUUUAUCAUUGUAAACCAUUGGAAAACGAGCGUUCAUCUAGUCCAGAAACACUACCGAGUGAUAUGAGUCUAUUGCAUUAUAUAGACGAGGAGUUGAAGAUAAGGCGUACACUACCCCUGCACGAUAACUCACUGCUGGCGUGUGCGAACGAUGAUCUAAGCUCCGGCAGCAACGGGCAACAGCAGCAGCAGCAUCGUACCGGCAAUGGGUCCGGUGGUGGUGGGGCUGGGUCCACCAAUCAUCAUCACCACCACCACCACCAUAAUUUGCUGGACGACGAGGACAGUCUGAUUGCGUCGAACAGCAGCUACAUUACGGCCAGUCUGGCGACGGCGUCCGAGUAUGACAAUAAUGGGCGAGACGAUUCGACGCUCAGCUACGAUGCGAUGGAUCAGCUGACCGCGAAACUGGAGCAGCUGAAUGCGCAAAAUGGAGCAACGACGAUGGGUGAUUCGCAAGAGCAUGAGGGCGGUAGCAAGCGACACUCGAUGGAUCAGCUGAACGAGCUGUUCAAGGGAAUCGACAAGUCUUCCAGGCAGCGUAGUUUAAGCGAUGGAGAUGGUAACAGUGAAGGAGCAUCCGAAUCGCAACCGGACCUGCUCAACAAUACACCGCCCAUUCCGCCGAAGCGCAGCCAUCGCAGCCGGCGCCACACGCCACCCCGCCCCGUAUCGAACGGACUGCCACCAACGCCGAAGGUGCACAUGGGUGCCUGCUUCUCGAAGGUGUUUAACGACUGUCCGCUGCACAUCAACUGUACUGCGUCCUGGAUCCAUCCGGAGACGCGCGACCAGCAUCUGCUGAUCGGUGCGGAAGAGGGCAUCUUCAACCUCAACCUGAACGAGCUGCACGAUGCCGCGAUCGAGCAGUUGUACCCGCGCCGCACCGUCUGGCUGUACGUAAUUAAGGACAUCCUGAUGUCGCUGUCCGGCAAGACGGCGCAGCUGUACCGGCACGACCUGCUGGCGCUACAUUCCAAGCAGACGCACCGCUUCUCGAUGCACAUGAAGAAGAUACCGGAGAAGCUGGUGCCGCGCAAGUUCGCCCUCACGACGAAGGUCCCCGACACGAAGGGCUGCAUGCAGUGCUGCGUGACGCGCAAUCCGUACAACGGAUACAAGUACCUGUGCGGUUCGAUGGCGACCGGGAUCUUCCUGAUGCAAUGGUACGAUCCGUUGAACAAGUUCAUGCUGCUGAAGCAGUGCGAGUGGCCAUCCGGCAACAUCCAGUAUUACGGUGCAAACUCGAACGUGUUCGAAAUGAUCAUCACACCCGAGCUCGAGUACCCGAUCGUGUGUGUGAACGUGCGGAAAGGGCCGAACGAUACGCUCAAGCUGGAUUUGAUCAAUACCAAUAGCACUCCCACCUGGUUCAAUACGACGGUGGAGGAAAUGGACGGUAUGGCAACGGUCAUCAAUCGGCGCGAUACACUUCGACCAAUAAAAGUGCAUCAGAUUGAAAAGGAUGCGAUACUGGUGUGUUACGAUCGGUUCGUACAAAUCGUCGACAUUCAGGGUUUCCCAAAGCAGAGCCGCAAGCUCAUAUCGCGCGUGGAAUUUAGUUUUGUAAUCGAAAGUAUAGUCUGUUUAACUGAUAGUGUAUUAGCGUUUCACAAGUACGGUAUGCAGGGUCGCUCGCUAAGGAAUGGUGAGAUUACGCAGGAAAUUACCGACACGAGCCGCAUCUACGAGCUUAUCGGCAGUGACAACAAAGUGGUAAUGCUGCAAAGCCGCACCAUCCGUGCGGACAGCGGCGGCGAAGGGACGAGCGAUGUCGGCCACGAUCUGUACAUAUUGGCUGGCCACGAAGCAAGCUACUAGAUAAUGGGCUCCCGGAGGUGGCGAUAUUAACGUUGUUUUGCGUGUGUUUGCGUUGCGUUGCAAAUUCGCGUCACUGUGCAGUGGUUAGUUUGUUUUCUUUUUAGAAAAGAAGCGUUGGAGGUAAGGCCAUACUUUUAGGGAGGAAAAAAUGGUUACGCUCCACGCUACACUUUGGUUUCCGCGCAGAACAGCAAACCCCACGAGUGGUUUGUCGCUGACGUUCUAGGUUCAAGGCGCAAAAUUUGGAGGUGAAAAUGUACGACAAAUGACAGCAGACGAACACACAGUCACAUGACGGAACAGUUUGGGGAAAAGGGACAUGCAGAGAGUAGCCCAAAAAAGUAUUAAUUUUAUUUCGUAGUACGCGUCUGAGUUCCCUUACAUUUGACAUUAAACGAAUGCAUAAUGCAGACGUUAGUUGAGAAAGGAGGGUCACGAUUAUGCUUGUACAGUGAUAUGCGGAUAAGUGCAGGUCUGCCACCCUGUCGAUCAGUGGUUUCAAGCGCAGCCAAAAUAUGGUAUCGUUUUCUUCCCUCUUUUAUUAACACGUACUACUAGUUCUGCUACUACUACACCUACUACUACUACUAUCCAAUUGACAUUGCCUUAGGCAGGCAAGGCAGCGGACAGCGGUUGAAUAUAAUUCACACUGAUAAUAUAUGCAUAUAUUGGGUUAUUUGUAACGAGCUACUCAUACUACUUGCUCACACGCAGCAAAAUACACAGGCGACAUUCGAAUGGAACGGAAGAAAAGCAAUAGCCAAAAGCAGUUGCUUAGGUUUGUUUUGAAAAAAAAGGUCGCACUUACACUUACCUCUACACUCAGCCACAACACUACAAAUGCAUUCUACACAAGAAGCCGUAAACCACACACACAGAGUACAGUGUACAGCAAAGAGAGAAAGAGAGUAUAUUUUUAUAUAUCGAAUGAUCCGUCUAAUCUCUUUUCACAAUUUCGGUUGCUGCAAGAACGUUUGGAGAAUCAAGUUCCGAGACUAGAGAGCAGUUUCAAUGGAAGGUGAAUGGAAAUGUACUGAAAUGAUUAUCUUACCAAAAGGAAACACGAAAACCAACUGCUACAACGCGGGGAAACUAUUUACACAGAUCCCUCUAUAAAACUAACAUUUUGUUGUGGUUUCGUCGGAAUUGCUAAACUCCUGUCGAGCCCCCACAACACGAACAAGCUUCUCACAAGCAUCAGAUUGUACAUUUGAUAAAACAAAACACACACACACUCACACAAUACUGCUGUUAAAGUUGCCCCCCGCGUAAGCUGUGCACGUACAUGAAAGUGUGUAUGUGUGCGUUAUUACUAUUAGACUCAAACUCAAACAUGAUAAAAUAGAAGACAGUUACAUGCAUUUGCAAAUACAUAAAAAGAAACACUCCAUAAACAAUUAAAACAUCUUUGCGCGUGUCUCGUAUUGCUUUGUUUUACAACAGAAGGAAAAAAACAGCAAACGAGCACCGAAAAAAAAGAGAACAGAACAAAACAAGUGAUAACGGUACAACACAAUACAAAUAGCAAUAAAACAACACCGUUUGGAACGCGUCAUAGAGAGGUAAACAAAACGACAAAACGAACCUAAUUAGAACACUGUAAGGCGGGUGCGGGGCUAAGAAAUGAACAAGAGAAAAGGAAACAAAGAAAAUUAUGCUAGUAUUAUGUCUGCAAAACAAAACAAAAACAAACAACGCUAGACUGACGAUACUAUAAAAGUAACAAACACACAAACACACUAAAGCCAGUGAGAACAAAACAUACAAACAAUCAAACAAACAAACAAACAGUCAUAUUAAAAUUACUUUAACGGAUAGGGCGAAAAUUGCAUUAUUAUAUCCGCUGCAAGAUA